UCUUCCAAGGUAUUCUCUUGUGUUAGUUUAUUAGUUUGGUGCUAACGAACUUUGUUGUAGAGACCACUCUCCACAUCAAUGAUUGAUUCUAGGGAAUAAGGAGGAAGAUUUGCAAGUCAUAGAAGUCUGAAUCUCAUCUACAACACACCGGAUUUGGAAUCAAGUUUUCAAGGGUUACAAUCAAUAGAUUGUUGAACUCUCCUUGUGGAUCUUCAUCGGGAAAAUCCAAAAGGAUGAUGAUGUUGGAAGAGAAAGGGCCGUCUACUACCUGAGUAAAUUGCUGACAUAUACUGAAGGGCUAUAUUCCAUGGUGGAAAAGCUCCGCCUUGAAUUAUAUUUUGCAUGUAUCAAGUUGAGGCACUACUUGCUUCAAACUAAGGUGUAAGUGAUCUUAGAACGGGAUUUGAUCAAGCACAUGUUGACCAAGCCAUUUUUGACAGGAAGGAUAGGCCGAUGGUCACUGACCUUGAGAGAAUUCAACCUCAAAUGGAGACCAUAACAGACAGUCAAAGGGCAAGCACUUGUUGAUUUCCUUGCUGACCACCCAUGCCUGGAAAUUAUUGAGACCUUACAAUGCAUGAUAGAUGCACACACUACACCAACCUUUCAAGAUGAAGGUGAAUGGGUGCUAAAGUUUGAUGGGUCUAGUACUAAAAUGGCUGCUGGAGCUGGGUAGUCAUUCAAUCUCCAAGAGGUAUAAAAACUACCUUAGCUCUUAAUUUGGAUUUUGAUUGCACUAACAACCAGGCAGAAUAUGAAGCAUUGAUCAUUGGCUUGGAGAUCUUGCUUGAACUAAAUGCUAAAAAUAUUCUGGUGGUUGGAGAUUCUCAGUUGGUGCUAAAGCAACUAGCUAGAGAAUACAAAUGUGUUAGUUUUACAUUGGCUCUAUACUACAGUACAACCUUGCAAUUGCUUGAUGAAUUUCAGGAGGUGGAGUUGAAGUACAUUUAAUGAGAUCAAAAUCAUAAGGCUAAUGGAUUGGCCAACUAGCUUCUGGCCUAAUGCUUCCAGAAAGUUUAGUGCAACAAAUCAUUACGGUAGAAAGACGAUCUCAUUCAUCUAUCAGAGAAAGACGCAUGUUAGUUGAAUGUUUAGCUCUUGAUGAUCAGAUGGAGGAUUGGAGGAAAGAUAUCACUAACCCUUUGACAUACCCCAAUAAUCCAGCAUCCAGAAAGGUCAAGGUGUUGGCACAAAGCUACGUAAUGAUCGAGGGUGAACUCUUUAGAAAAAGAGCCGAUGUUUGUUACUUCGCUACCCUAGUUUUAUUGAAAGUAUGAAAAUAAUGCAUCACGUACAUGAAGGUAUCUGUGGUGCACAUCAAGCAAGUCCAAAGAUGAGAUGGUUGAUCAGGAGACACAGCAAUUAUUGACCUACCAUGUUGAAAGAUUGUAUUAAAUAUGCAAAAGGCUGUCAACAAUGCCAGAAAUUUGGCAACAUUCAAAAAGCACCGGCAGCAGAUCUACGACCUAUCAUUAAACCAUGGUCAUUCAGAGGUUGGGCACUCGAUAUCAUUGGAAAGAUCUUUCAGGCCUCAUCUAAGGACUAUCACUUUAUCCUGGUGGCUACCAACUAUUUUACAAAAUGGGUGGAGGCAAUACCUCGAAAAAGGGUCUAAUAGGCAGACGUGGUAGAUUUCAUCAAAGAAUAACUUAUUUUCAGAUUUGGCAUCCUAUAAACCAUCACAACUUACUAGGGGACAAUGUUCACUAGAGGGGAGGGGAGGUCAAAGCAUUUUUGGAGGAUUAUAGAGUCAAAUUGCUUACAUCUACACUAUAUUAUGCUCAGGCCAAUGGGCAGGCAAAAGCUUCAAAUAAGGCAUGAUGCAAUACUACCUAUGGAGCUGGUGAUCCCAUCUUUGAGGAUCAUGAAGCAACAUGAACUAUCUGCCAAAGAAUAUUCAGAAGCUAUGAACGUGGAGCUGGAACAGUUGGAUGAAAGCAUGAUGGAGGCUUUGAACAGCAUGAUAGUCCAAAAGAAGAAGAUAACAAAGGCCUACAACAAAAAAGUGAAGAAGAGAGUGUUCUAUGAAGGCCAAAUGGUGUGGAAGGUGAUCCUACCACUAGGAAUUAAGGACAGAGAGUUGGGCAAAUGGUCUCCAAGUUGGGAAGGACCCUUCAAGGCCCACAGAAUUCUCAAAGGCAAUGCAUAUUGACUGGCAGACCUAGAUGGUCAGCCACAUAGGAUAUGUAUCAAUGG